AACGUUUGUGCGACACGUGUCCAACAUCCUUCUCCCGCCAGAGCGGUAAAAUAAAAAAGAAAAAUCAAAAUUCCUUCUCUUCCCUCCAUUUCUCUCUCACUCCUCUCUAUCUUCCUCUUCACGAUUCAGCCACUGAAGACGAAGAAGAAGAAGUUCUGCGAAAUAUCCUCUCCAUCAGAGCCAAUCGGAAGCUCCGCCCUCCGCCAUAGCUCACUCUCCUCUUCUCCUCUCGCUUCGUUCUCCUCUGAUCCGCCAUCCUCCCUGGAGGAGAAGCAAUGCUGGAAUCUCCCUCGCCGCCCAAGCCCUUUCUCGGCGUCAGCUUCUUCCUCAUCGGUUUCGACCCCGAUACCCACCGCAAGAUCCGGGCAAAGCUUGUUAGCAGCGGUGGAGUUGAUGCUGGCCAGUGCGGUCCCAACUGCACUCAUGUGAUUGUGGGUAGAAUUGUAUAUGAUGAUCCUAUUUGUGUCGCGGCUCGCAAUGAUGGCAAGGUGGUUGUUACAGGCUUGUGGGUUGACCAUAGUUAUGACAUCGGGAUGCCUGCGGACACGUCCUCGAUUAUGUACAAACCUGUUAGAGAUCUAAAUGGAAUACCUGGUGCCAAAGAUCUAGUUAUGUGCUUGACGGGGUACCAGCGACAAGAUCGAGAGGACAUUAUGAUGAUGGUGUCAUUCAUGGGAGCACAAUUUUCCAAGCCACUGGUCGCAAACAAAGUGACUCAUCUUUUAUGCUAUAAGUUUGAAGGAGAGAAGUAUGAGCUGGCCAAGAAAAUGAAGAAGAUAAAGCUGGUUAAUCACAGGUGGCUGGAGGAUUGUUUAAGAGACUGGGAAAUUCUUCCUGAAGCUAAUUACAGCAAGAGUACCUAUGAACUGGAAAUGGUGGAGGCUGAAGUAAAGGAUUCUGAAGAAGAUAAUGACAAUAAGUUCGUGGAACAGCCAAGAGAAAAUGUCAUCAAGAGGAGUCCUACUUUCAAAGUUGGGACUGCUACCUUUUUACUUCCCACAGCAGCGGGUGAACCGUCAAAGAGACUGGAUGAUAUUGGUUCGGUUCAGCAUCCAUCAGAUGUUCCUGGUGUGGAACCGAAGUCAACACCCACAAAAGAGACUAGAGAAUCAUCAAACGUUAAUAAUUGUCAACAGAUGCUUGGAGGUCUGAAUGCGAGCAGUAUAAAGGCCUCAAGUCCAACUAUCAUUAAAGAAGCUUCUGAAAAAACACCUUCUCCAGCUAUUUCACAGAAGGGGGCCUUGAGAAGUCCUGAAGCUUCUCAUAUUGAUGCAAAACUUAGUUCCUUAAGUUACUCUAGGAAAGGCCCCAGGAGAACAUCACUUGGAAUGCAGGAUGGCAUUGAACUAGGCAAAGGGGACUCCUCAAAAUCACCAACAGAAAAAGGUGAUGGCAGCAUUGGCAAUUUGUCCAUAAGACUGGAACAAGUAGAAGGUGUAAAUGCUUCUGAUAAUGUUCAGAUUCCUUCCACUGUCAAUGAGGCAACUGCUGAAGGUACAAAAGGUAAAUCACCACAGAAGAGAAAACUAGAAGUCUCCUCUGGUGAUUCUAUGUCACAGAAAAUGAAUCAGCAUGUAAAUUUAUCAACAUCAGAUGCUCCAAUCACAAGCAAUAGGACUCAGGUACCUGAAGCAUCUGCUUUAGCAGGUCAGCCUGUCCUUGCUUCUGCUUAUAACUUGUCUUUGGGCCACGAAAAAAUCUGCCCGAACAAGAUCAUUGAUUGGGAUGCCGUGGGAAAGGAGGUUUCAUUUUUUUCAUCCUCCAAUCGUCCAAAUUCUGGUGAAAGACAAGGAAAAUCGUACUUGCCAUCGAAAGACGUUGGUUCAGGGACUGACGGGGACAAAAAGACUGCAUCUCCUGCCUCUGAGAUAAUGCCUAUAGUAGGAAAACUUGAUAUAGCUGCAACCCGAGCUGAUGAAACAGUAGACAGGAGAACUGAGAAGCAAGCUCUUAAAGUUUCAUCCUCGAGGAGAUUGGAGGAAGAUAUCACUAUUGCUACAAUCCCUGAAUGGGGAAAUGGUGAUAUGCUUGAUAGAGAGAAUGAGAAGGUAGAUGAAAACCAGACUAGGAAGACGAUGGUUGCUAAAAAGAAGACUUUAGGCUCUAGGCCUAAGCUUUGUAAGUCUGCUAACUUGAAAGGUUCUAUAUACCUCAAGGAUGAUGCUUCCUUAGACAACACUAAGAAUUCUUCAAUUGAUGGAGAGGAGAUGACUGUCCCUGACAAUUCCUCCAAUAGAAAUGAUGGUAAAGCGUCCUCUCCACACAGGGAUGUUGAAGCAUUAGAUGGGUUGAGGAGUGUAAGUGUUACUCAAUCUCGGGAUAUGGCUCAAGAUGCUGCAGCUGACAUGGAUGAUGAGACCGAGGCUCCAGAUGAGGAUAAUAGUGUUCCUGAGAAGAAAGACAAUGGAGAAAAUUCCAAGAGGGUGGAAACGGCACCUGCUGCAGAUGCAGCCAAGGAAGAGGAGUGUGCUCAUGAUGCAGCAAAUAUGUCCGAUCCUAAUGCAUAUGAUGUUGAAAAGGCGAGUGAUGUGGGUAGAUUUAAGCAGGGUGAAUCAGUAUCAAAAGGCAGAAACGGGAAAGGAAAAUCCACUGAAGGGAGAAAACCUUCUACAGCUAAUAGGAAGCGGAAGGUUCCCUUAGCUACAAAAGAGAGAGUGGAUCAUAAUGGAACUGCGAUGGAAGAGAAGAAGAGACCAAAGUCAAAUGGAAAAACCAAGAGCGAGAGAAAGUUUGAGAUCUCCUCAGAGGCAGAGAAGGAGAAUAAGGUGGUUGUGAAUGCCGAUCAUAGUGUCAGUGGGGCCAAAAUGCAGUCUAAGAAAGCAUCUUCGAAGUUUGAGAAAAUAGCAGUAAAGAUGAACCACGAGCCUGGAGAAACAAAUGCUAACUCUACUAAGGUGGUUCACCGAAGAAGUGAGCCUGCACGGUUUAUAUUGAGUGGACAUAGACAACAAAGGAAGGAGUUUAAGCAAGUCAUUCGGAAACUGAAAGGGAAAUUUUGCAGGGAUUCCCAUCAAUGGUCUUAUCAGGCAACACACUUCAUUACACCAGGGCCCAUUCGAAGGACAGAGAAGUUUUUUGCUGCUGCUGCCUCUGGAAGGUGGAUCCUUAAGGCUGAUUAUCUGAGUGCCUGCAAUCAGGCAGGGAAAUUCCUCGAUGAAGAGCCUCAUGAAUGGCGUGAAAAUGGCCAAAGUGCAGGGACUGCAAUUAAUUUGGAGGCUCCGAGAAAAUGGCGGCUCUUGAGGGAGAGAACAGGACAUGGUGCAUUCUAUGAUAUGCGCAUAAUAAUACAUGGAGUUCUCAUUGCACCAUCCCUGGAUACGUUCAAACGGGUUGUGAAAGCUGGAGAUGGGACGAUACUGGCUACUUCCCCGCCAUACAACCGCUUCCUGAGCAAAGGAGUGGACUUUGCUAUAGUUGGCCCCGGGAUGCCCAAAGAGGACAUCUGGGUGCAGGAGUUCCUCAAACACGAGAUUCCCUGCGUACUUGCAGAUUACUUGGUGGAGUAUGUUUGCAAGCCCGGGGAACCACUUGAGAAACACGUGUUAUAUAACACUCAUGCUUGGGCAGAGAGUUCGUUUUCUAGACUGCAGAGAAAAGCCGAAGAGAUUGUGGUCCCGGAAUCCUCAGACAACAGUGGCGACCUGAGCUGUGCAGUUUGUGGAUCGACUGAUAGAGGUGAUGUGAUGCUGGUCUGUGGUGAUGACACUGGUACCAUUGGUUGUGGGAUUGGUACUCAUAUUGAUUGCUGUGAUCCUCCGCUCAAAGCUGUUCCCGAAGAGGAUUGGUUGUGCCCAGUUUGUAGCGGAGGCAGAGACAGUUACUCCAAUUCUGGUAUGAAAAGGAAACGGGAAGGCUCGGUUUUGAGGAGUAAGCAGUAGUCUAUUUAUGGACAUUCGACUUCCCAUCGCACGAGGAAAAAGAAUCACAUUUAAGCAUAUUCCCUGAUUCGGGUAAUUAUGAUUUUACCGUUCUAUCUGUAAGGAGUAUCCUUGGAGGCCGAAAAGUAUAAUUUGUUGUAAAAUCUCGUAAGAGCUGAGGGUUGACGCGUCGUCAGUUGUUUCACUGUCUGGCUCUUUGGCUGUACAGACUGUUCCGAUCCAUCAGCUGUCUCGGGACUAAUAACGCUGUUAAUUUAGCCAUGUCCGAUGUAUGAAGGUUGUAUAAGCCAUAAAAGAGACUUUUUAGGAUGCCACUAUCCAAAUUGAUGCGUGUUUUGAGAA